UCACAAAAUCACAGCCACAGCACAAUGUAGUUCCGGUCUGCUCCACCACGUUGCACUGGUAGUAGUGCGGCAGUGCAAAGUCCUACAAUCCAGUCCUCCAGGCCAAUCCUCUUCUCUGGUUUUAGACAGGCGGUUUUGAACCUCUGUACAACCUAUCUCCUCCGGGUGAAUGCAUGAACCGUGUUCUCGCCACCCUUCCCGGUUAUCGCGCGGCCACGGCUUCGCUGCAGACCCUGUGCAAUAGUACUAGAGAUUAGGAGUGAGGAAUCUAUAAAUUGUCAGCCCUAAGAAACUGGCGCGGUCUCGGAAUCUCACAGGCUGAGUGAAAUUUGUUACGGUGAAUGAUAUGGACUUGGGAAGAAGGAAUAGUACUACUUUUGGUAGAUGCUACCAUUGCUAGCUGUAGUAGUACUACACUUUGAGCCACAGCGCUUACAAUGAGGUUUGGUGAGCGUCAUAAUUACCAGCAUCCACACUUCCAAGGCGGCCUCUGGACUUCCUUCGUGCCCAGCCCUCCUCUCCUGCCUGCGUACGCCAUUACUACAACCGCAAGCGACGCGACUGCAGCUACUACUACUAAUACAACCACUGCGGACGAGCACAUUGCUUUAGGUGGCGGCGCCGGAAGCAGCGGUGCUAUUGCUACUACAAAUACUACCAUCGCCGGAGCCCGCGGAGCUUCGAGCAGAGGUUCCAGUGGAGAGUUCGCCGCUCCUUCUACUACUGGUGCUGGAGGAACGAUCGGAGUGAUCGGAACGCGAGGGGCGCCGGGCGCGAUUCCUAUAGUAGAAGCCCCGGCGCUGGUAGGAUCACAGCCACUUCCAGUGGCUUCCGCCGCCACCGCCGCCGCCGCAUCCGGGUGCGGCACCGCAGGCCGCUUUCUCUACUACUACCCCCCAGCUGGUGUUCACACUACAUCUACUGCCGCUACUUACCAUAGCACAGCCGCGGCGAGGGACGCGGCCUGUGGUGUCGGUCAGGCGUGGAAGUUAAAAGGGACCUUACAGAAAAAUCCGAGCACAAGCACUGCCGACAGCAGCAACUGCCCCGCCACUAACACGACUACUGCAACCAGCAGCAGCGCGUACAGAGUGAGCGGCGGCAGCAGGGGACAGGAGAUUGUGCUGGCGCCUGGGCCACUGGCUGCUGUGGCAGGGGCAGAGCAAGGCGGCGGCUUUGUGGAAGAAGAGUGGGCCGGGCAGGGAGAGAAGAGAGAGCAGGGGGAGCAGGGGGAGCAGGGGGAGCAGGGAGAGCAGGGAGAGCAGGGAGGGCAGGGAGGGCAGGGAGGGCUGGCAACCCUCCCAGCGGAAGGAGGAGUGUCUCCGAGCGUGGGCACAAUGCACGUUUGUGAAGGAGCGGGGCGCAUGGCAGACAUGGCAAACAUGGUGCCACACAUGCCACGCGGCAUCCCACACAUGUCAGACAUGACCCACAUGGUAGACAGAGCAGACAUGAGCGACGUGAGAGGCAUGAGUGACAUGAGUGACAUGAGAGACAGGAGAGGCCCGGCUACUACUGGUACCACUACUACUUGUACCACUACUACUUGGGAGAUGGACAAUGCAGUGCAACCGAGCGAUAAUAGUACUCAUACUACUCAUGCUCUGGCUCCCAGUAUGAUGGCCCAUCAGCCUGAGGGUCUGAUGAGGUUGGGUCCCGGUGGAGCUGGCGCGGCUGCCCAAGCGAGAGGCCGGGCUAGGAUUCGCGGCUGGAUGCUGCCCAUGGCUGCUGCUCCUGCCGCUGCUGUCGCUGCCGCCGCUACUGCUGCUGCUGCUGAUGGUGCGGGUGAUGGUGCUGCUGCUGCCGGCUGUGGCUGGGGCAGUGAAGGCGGCUGGAGAGGGGAGUUUGGGAGCGAGGAAUGCGGUAAUGGGGGAGAGGGGGAGGCGGCUGGGUCCGGGCGUGCUGCGGGUGGUGGGGAUGGGGAAGGGAGUAGGGAUGGGGGAGGCUACCGGGGAGGGUGGGCUGGCGGAGGGGGGAGAGGGGGAGGAGGCGGAGGAGGAGGGGGAGGAGGCGGAGAGGAAGGGGAAAGAAUGGGGCCUGCGUGGCAUCGGGUGAAGGAGGAGAGGGAGGAAAGAGCGGCAAGGGAGGAGGAGGGGGUUGGGAGUGGGCUGGGUGUUGCAAGAGGUGGUGCGGAGGAAAGGGGGAGAACCCUCGCCCCCACGUCUCACCCUUCUCACUCUCCAGACCUUUAUCACCUGUCCCACCCUUCUCAGUCUUCUCACCUUUCUCACUCUGCGCAUCCGUCUCACCCGGCUCAUCCUUCUCAGACCAUGCCAGAGAAUUACACUUCCCUGGGGUCAAUGCACCCCCAGCAGAGCUGCUACCAAUAUCAGCAUCAACAACAGCAUCAGCAUCAGGAUCAGCAUCAGCAUCAUCAUUAUCGUCAUCAGCAGCAGCAUCAGCAGCCGCAUCAGCAGCAUCAGCAUCAGCAUCAGCAGCAGCAGCAGCAGCAGCAGCAGCAGCAGCACCUUCAAAAGCCUUACCACUAUCCCACGGCAACCGACGCCUUUUCACUUGCGCAACCUUUCUUCCCAGCGCCGCCCACCAUUCCUGCUUCCAUUACCCCAGCCCCAGCCCACAUUCCUCCAGGCGCCACAAGUUACAUGGGGUACAGUAGCCCUGCUGCCGCUGGCGCAUCUGCUGCAGACCCCAUGAAAACUCUGGAUUCUACUGGUAACACUCAGGUCGAAUUGGGCUCAUUUAUAGGCCCGGGCGUGGUCUCUGCUGCUGCUGCUGCUCCCCCCCGUGCUCCCACCGCCACCACCGCCACCACCGCAGCAGCAGCAGCAGCAGCAGCAGCAGCACCACCCCCUUCCACGCCGUUUCGAUCCCUUCCAUUCCUCACAACCAGCAGCAGCAAUGCCAAUUCAUUCGGAACCGUCGCUGCACCUUCUGCUGCUAAUCUGAUCACCUCUGUGGCUCCUUCUGGUGCUGAUGCCACUGGGCCUUUCGUGUCCGCCACAUCUGCCACAGCUGCUACAGCCGACACAGCUGCUACAACCGCUACAGGCGCUGCGGCUGCUGCACGCACAGCUGCAGUCAUGCUGGGGAAGCAUCCAGCCAUGGCGUCGCCUGCAAGGGACUACCGCCAUGUUCAGGUGGAGAUAGGUGGUGCUGCUGGUGGACGAGCCAUGACAGGUGGUGGAGGUGGCGGUGGUGGAGGCGGAGUAGGUGGUGGAGGUGGAGGCAUGCCAUUGUAUCCGUACCACAUGCAGCAACAGCAGCAGCUGCAGCAGCAGCAACCGUUGUACGUGCAACGCGGCUACCCGCCACUGCAGCUGCAACCGCCAGACGCAGACCAACCACAGGGAGAGCAUCAACGCUUGGCCAUGCACCCAAGCUCACAGCCGCAACAGCAGCAGCAACUGCAGCAGCAGCAGCAGAAGCAGUGGCCCGAGCUUAAGAAACGUGCGAGGGAGGGCGAGCCAUCACAGCUGUUUCCUGCUGCCCCCCUCGGUGGCCGUCCGGGUACAUCCAACCCUGCAGCUGCUGCUCCUGCUCCUGCUGCUGCUGCUGCCGGUGCUGCUGCUGGCACUGCUGCUGGGUGGAUGGCACCCGUGGCAAGAGCAGCAGAGGGAGGCGAAGAGGAGGGCAGUUCAGGCACUUCUAGCGGCAGCCCGGACACUGCAAGACCACUUGUACCGAGGGGGAGUGAGGAAGCCUUCAAGGAGGAUACCAGAAGGCAGCAGCAGCAGCAGCAGGGGGGGGAAAGGGCAGGCACAGGGCAGAACAGUCAGGAGGGGGGGGAGCAGGGGGGGGAGGAGGAAGGGGCGGCGAAUGAGGAGGAUGGGGAGGGGAAGGAUGAGAGGGAGCGAGAGAGGGAACAGCGGAGGGCUCUGCUGCUGCAGUCGUUGCGGAGUGGCGCGCAGCAGUCCACUCGGCCUAGGAGCGUGGCAGAGAGGAAGCGACGCAGCAAGAUCAGUGAGCGGCUGGACAAUCUAAAAGAUACCCUUCCGAUCUGGAAUCCACGCAUGGACACGGCCACCAUGCUGGACGAGGCCGUCAACUACAUCGGGCUGCUCAAGCGCGAGGUGCGGCGCCUGCAGGUGGAGUGCGACGAGCUCGGCAAGGAGCUGCCGCCGGGGGCCAAGCGGCCCAAGGUGACGAUUGACGACAACAUGGAGACCAAGGUCACCUAUGACGAGGAUGAGGCGUGAUGCUGGAGUGGUGCUUAUUGGUACUAAUGAUGGAAUGCAGGUGGAGUGCGACGAGCUCGGCGAGGAGCUGCUGCCGGGGGCGAAACGGCCUAAAGUGACGAUAGAUGAUAACAUGGAGAUCAAGGUCUCCUAUGAGGAGGAUGAGGCGUGAUGCUGCGGGUGGUGGUGGUGGUGCCUGCUGUGGCUGGUUUGCGUGGUGAUACCGUAGUACUAGGCACGGCCUGCAGGUGGAGUGCGACAAGCUCGGCAAGGGGCUGCUGCCAGGGGUCAAGAGGUCCACGGCGGUUGUUGAUGGCGACAUGGAGACGAAAGUCAUGCACAUACGGUACCUGAGGAGGAUGCGUUCUGAUGAUGCCAGGGAGAGGAUUCUGAGGGGUGAGGGGGACUCAGCUACCACCGGCCAGGGGCCCAAGCGGCCCAUGCAGCCCAAGCGGUCCAAGAAGCCCAAGGUGAAUAUUGACCACAACAUGGAGACCAAGUUCACCUAUGAGGAUGUGUCGUGACUUGUGGUGCUGUGUGCAGGUGGUGGUGGUGCUGGUACCAGGGAGGCAGGGGCUAAAGGGGGGAGGGCUAGGAGGAGGGCAAGGAGCUGGGCAAGGAGCUGCCUGCCGGGGCCAAACAGAGGCGGGGGUGUCUGGAUGAGGACGUGGCGGCCACCAAGGUCAGCUAUCGGUGAGGAGGUUGAGUGAUGGGGCCGGUGGGUGGGUGCUGCUGGUGCUGCAAAUAAGCCUUGUGUGUUGUGUUGUGGUCUGCAGGGAGUAGGGAGUAGGGAUCUCCGCGAGUGGCUUCAGCUGGGUGGUCUGGUCCAGGCCCUACGAUUGGUGGUACCCUGAUUGCUCAGUGUCGUACUCAAAGCAAGGGUCGGCGAUAUCGUCUUAGGGUUGCGGCGCUAUAAUUUCUCAAUUUGUGAUAUAAUGAACUUUUUAUCGUGUACAUUCCAUUCCGACAUCAUGCGUAAAAACAU